UCAGUGAUGGCGUCUGCUGAUCUGAGAGACGAGCUGACCUGCUCCAUCUGCACGGACAUUUAUACAGAUCCUGUAACCCUGCCAUGUGGACAUAGCUACUGCCGGGUCUGCAUCACAAGAACAUGGGACAACCAGGAGGAGAGAGAAUAUUCCUGUCCUGAAUGCAGACACAGGUUUAGGGUAAGACCAAACCUGCAAGGUGCUCUACGAUUGCGUAACAUAGUGGAGAGUUUCCUAUUUACUCACCCAGAGCAGGAGGAGAUUGGGAUCUCCUGUACUUACUGUAUUCACUCCUCUGUACCUGCUGCUAAAACAUGUCUGCACUGUGAAGCUUCUCUGUGUGAAGCCCACCUGGGGGUCCACAGCCAGUCAGCAGAACAUGUCCUAACUGAGCCCACCACUUCACUGGGGAACAGAAAAUGCUCAGUCCACAAGGAAAUCCUGAAAUAUUACUGCUCUGAGGAUGCUGCCUGUAUCUGUGUGUCCUGCAGGCUGGACGGAGAGCACAGGGGACACGCGGUGGAGACUCUGAAUGAGGCCUCUGAGAAGAAGAAGGAGAAACUGAGAAAUAUUCUGCAGAAACUGACCUCAAGGAGAGAGGAGGCUGAGAAAAGAGUCCAGAACCUGCAGGAGCUCAGGAGAGAAGUGUCAGAUAAAGCAGCUGAGGUAACAGAGGAAGUUACUGCCCUGAUUAGGGGUAUCAAGGAACAGCUGGAAGCUCUAGAGCAGCGAGUCCUGAGUGAGAUCUCCAGGCAGGAAGAGCAGGUCUCACUCCCAGUCUCAGAUCUAAUCCGGCAGCUGGAAAUAAAGAAGAAGGAUCUGUCCAGAAAGAUGGGUCACAUUGAGGAGCUGUGUAACAUGAUGGACCCAUUAACUGUCUUACAAGGACGGGAAUCAGACAGCGCUGACUAUUGUGAUACUGAGGAGGGAGAUAAUGAGGACAGAGAGAGAGAUGAUAACAAGGUCUGUGCUGUAGGGGAUCUGGAUGUGGGUCCGAUCUCAGUGACCUUACACUCAGGAUUAGCUGGGAUUGUGACCGGAUUAAAGAGACAGCUCCAUGUACCAGCUAAUAUGGCUUCAGACAUGUUACUGGAUGUAAACACGGCUGGUAAUAAUGUAACUGUAUCGGGUGAUAUGAAAACUGUAUCCUGGUCAGAAAUAAAGCAGAGACGCCCAGAAACACCAGAGAGAUUUCAGUUCAGACCACGCCCCCAGUGUAAUCAGGUUUUAAGCUCCAGGAGUUUCUCCUCAGGACGACAUUACUGGGAAGUGGGGGGCAGUGAAUCAGGGGGAUGGAUGGUAGGGAUGGCCUAUCGCAGUAUAGACAGGAAAGGACGUCAGUCACUGAUUGGAUGUAAUAACAAGUCCUGGGGUUUGGUGAGGUUUAAUAAUCAGUAUAUUGUGAUACAUGACAGUAAAUCAAUCCGGUUACCUCCCCCCACCCCUUCCAGCUGGAGAUUGCGGAUAUUCCUGGACUACGAGGCCGGGCGGCUGUCCUUUUAUGAUCUGUGUGACCCCAUCAGACACUUACACACCUUCACUGCCACCUUCACUGAGCCGCUUCAUGCUAUAUUCAGGGUAUGUGGGAGUAAUGCCCCUAUAUUCAGGGUACAUGGCGGCAAUGCCUGGCUGAGAAUGUAUUGA